CCGGAUCCGAGGCCGCUCGCCCGUCCCCAAACAUGCCGCUUGCGCCCGUCCUCGCGAAGCCUUUGCUGGGGAUGAUCCUUUUCUGCUGCUUUCUCCGCGUUUGGGUUCCAGAUUCCAGCCGCGCAGAAAAGCCGAACUUCGUGGUGAUUCUAGCAGACGACGUCGGCUGGGGAGAUCUCGGUGCAAACGUGGCGGGGUCUACGUCGGAUACUCCGAACCUGGACAGAAUGGCUUCCGAGGGAAUGCGUUUCGUGGAUUUCCACGCGGCUGCCUCCGCCUGCUCCCCGUCACGCGCCUCCCUGCUUACCGGGAGACUGGGAAUUCGGAACGGGGUCACCCACAACUUUGCCGUGACCUCGGUCGGCGGGCUGCCCCUCAAUGAGACCACCCUGGCCGACGUUUUAAAGCAAGCUGGCUACAGGACGGGGCUUAUAGGUAAAUGGCACUUGGGGCAUCACGGCAGAUACCACCCCAACUUCCGCGGUUUUGAUUAUUUCUACGGGAUCCCGUAUAGCAAUGAUAUGGGCUGCACGGACCACCCAGGAUACGACCUCCCCCCGUGCCCCCCGUGCCCUAUGCCCCCAGAGACGCGGGGAAGCCGGCGAGGAGGGUGCUUUACCGACCUGGCGCUCCCUCUGAUGGAGAACUCGGCGAUCGUGGAGCAGCCGGUUACCCUGAGCAGUCUGCCGGCCACGUAUGUGCGCAAAGCCACGGACUUCAUGAACGAGGCGACCGGCCUCGGUCAGCCGUUCUUCCUGUACGUGGCUCUGGCUCACAUGCACGUGCCGCUCUCCGCGGGGCCGGGACCCCCGACGCCGUAUUCUGCCGGCCUGCGACAGAUGGAUCUAAUGGUGGAGCAGAUAAGAGCCGAGGCGUUCAGCGCCGGGCGCACCAACACCCUGCUCUGGUUCACAGGUGACAACGGACCGUGGGCUCAGAAAUGUGACUUGGCGGGAAGCGUGGGGCCGUUUGUGGGCGCGUGGCAGACCAGGCAAGGGGGGAGCUCCGCGAAGCAGACCACGUGGGAGGGCGGCCAUCGCGUUCCAGCCGUGGUCUACUGGCCGGAGAGUACUCCGCGGAACGUCACCAGCGCAGCCCUGCUGAGCCUUUUAGACGUAUUCCCCACCUUGGCGUCUCUGGCAGACGCGGCUUUACCGACCGGCAGACGCUUUGACGGCAAAGACGUGUCGGACGUUCUGCGUGGCCGGUCCCGGGCCGGUCACAGGAUACUUUAUCACCCAAACAGCGGGGCGGCCGGCAGCUUUGGGCAGAUAGCCGCGGUGCGCGUGGACCGGCACAAGGGAUUUUAUACCACGGGGGGAGCGUUGUCCUGCGGGGGCCGCCUGGGGCCAGAGCGCCACCACGACCCGCCACUGGUGUUUAACCUGCAGCGAGACCCGCAGGAAGCCGACGCGCUCGACCCGAGGAGCGAGGAGUAUCUGGCGGUGCUGCCCGAGCUGACGAAAGCCAUCGAGAGUCUCUCCGCGGACGUCCUGGCAGACAACGUGUCCGUGGCGGAUUACUCUCGGCAAAGCUCCGCCGCUCUGUGCUGUGACCCGGCGCACGUCGCCUGCCGCUGCAGCCAGCUGCAGCUUCACAAUCACAACGCCUCUUCACCGAACUGAAGCAGAACGCGAUGCCUGGUAAGCGACCCUGGCCGCGGGGGCCGACUCGCUGCCGGCUUUAGACGCUUUCUAGGAAAACACUUAUCUACCGGCAGAUAAAGAUACAGUGUUCUGUGCCGAGUGCCUUCACCCCGCCGCACCCACGCCUGCGUUACUACACAGCAUCGGUUACGCAACACCUUAUAGAUCCCGGGGAGAUCUCCUGUACAGUACUGUGAUCAGGGCUAUA